AUGUCAUUCUCCAUCCACAGAAUACUCUACCAAUACUCGUUCUCGCUGACAAAUAUAAUGUUCCAUCCCUCAAAAAGCUAUGCAACAAGGGCAUAUCAUCCGCCAAUAAUCCGCGCCUGCAUCUCUUCAAUUGGCCAUCAAUUCGAGACAGUAAUUGGCGAAGAAUGGCAAUCAGAAUGGGAAUCGGCUGAUGCCGAACAGAUUGAACAUAUUUUGAGGCAUAAUUCGCUCAUUGUAUCCAAUGAAUUCAUUGUCUGGAAAGCAGUCCUCCGAUGGCUGAAUUCCCCUACCCACCCCGAAAGAAGAGAACCGAUUACGGUAGCAAAACUGAUGAAUAACCUACUGCCGCUGAUCAGAUUCCCCUUCAUGUCCGGUGAGGAAUUGGCCGAGGUAGAAGAGGGUGAAAUGCCGGAGACAGCCCGUUCCCUCCAUCUACCAUUCGUCAAUUUGGCAUACAAAUACCAGGCUCAGCCGCUGGCCAGAAGGGCUCAAGCAGUCGAGUUCUCCGGCUGUCAAUUCCUCGUCCGCCUGUAUUCUGACGUGCGUUGGACCGCCCGUAUCAUCCUCAGUCGUCAUGAUCUCGACAGUCGUACUCGGCCAGAGAUCAGCUCCUCGUUUAUGACCCGUGCCUCUGCUAUCCAGAAUGACGGAUGGAAAUGGUCCCUGAAGAUAAUCGGCUCAAAUUACGGUGGGGACGAGACGAAACGAGUGAUAUUAGUGGCUGAGGAAAUCGAUCAAGCCAGAUCCGUGGAGUACCUGUUUACGAUCUGUGAUGAGAGCAAAGUGUUACGCUCGGUGGCCGGCAGAAAGAAUUUCACAAAGUCGAGAGAUUCAACGGAGCUGAGCCUGAAGCACAAGGGAGCCGAAUUGCCAUUCCAUGAGGUAAUCCGCGACGCGUCCCUUUUCGUCGAUGCAAAUGAAUUGCAUAUCCAGUUGAUGCUCAAACCCAUCGAA